AUGGCUCAGCACUGCUGCUGCCUGUCCAGCGUCCUGGUGGAGAAGAGCCCCGAGCAGAGGAGGCUGCUCGUCCUGCCCAGAGUCACCUGCUCGCUCCGGGGAAUAAAAGCUGUGUUUGCUCCGCUGGUCAGAAACAAUAUUCAUGUGAGAGGUUUGUCAGGCGCCACGGUCCCGGUGCCUCAGUCUGAGGACUCGUGUGGAGUGAUGUCGAGCAGAGAGAAAAACCAGAGUAUCUCCUUCUUCAGCAGAUACGACAGCUGCUAUGUUCAGAUCGAGAGCACCCGAGUGGUCAUACCUCUGCAUGUGCAGCUGAAGGGAGAGGAUCAGUGGUUCAGGGUGAAUAUCAGCUGUCCUCUGAUCAGGAGACAGGGCGAGCGGACGCCGAUGAGGCCGACAUUGUUGCCUGGAAAGUGUGGCACAGACCGAGCUCUGCGAGUGGACUGUGGCGAUCAAAUCACUUCCAGUGACGCCUGCUCCAAACUGGGCUGCUGCUAUGAUGCUGAUGAUUCCACCUGCUUCUAUAGACUCAACGCCUGCUCUCUGGACGGACACUUUGUGUUCUCGGUGAAGGCCACAGACACGGACCCCCCCGUCACUCCCAGCAGCCUCAUAGUCAAAGAUCAGCCGCAGUGUUUCCCUGUGGUCGCCACCGCAGACACGGCCGUGUUCAAGAUCGGAGUCACAGACUGUGGUGCAAAGAAGAAGGUGGAAGGAGAUGUUGUGAUCUACGAUGUGGAGGUGGAGGAGCUGCACACUGACAGGACAUCCACACAUUCUCCUUUCAGUCUCCAGGUCCGGUGUGAGUACGCGAGAUCAGAUCUGAAUCCUGCAGCAGACGUGAGGUCCUUGUACGCAGUGACCAACCCCCCGCCUGUGGUUGCACUAGGAACCAUCAGAGUGCAGAUGAGAAUAGCCACAGAUGCAUCUUUCACGUCCUUCUUUCCUGAGGAGCAGCUUCCUCUGAGUUUGCCGCUGCGUUCAGCUGCUUAUGUGGAAGUCUCCAUCGCCCAACCCUCCCCCGACCCGAGCCUCUCCCUGCGGGUGCAGGACUGCUUUGCCCACCCUGUGUCCAGACACUCUGUGUGGAUGCUCCUGUAUGACGGAUGCCCGAAUCCUUUGGACAACAUGAGAAGCUCUGUCCCUGUGGACCAACGGGGGAGGACCACCUCCCACUCCCAAGUGAGGAGGUUUGACGUCAAGACCUUUGCCUUCUUGGACCCUCAAACGGGAGAUCCCAGUGAGGAGGAGAUGUUCUUCUAUUGUUGGGUGGAGAUCUGCACCGACGAUGUUGACUGUGCACAGAGUUGUGCCAUCAUUUCAUCUGAGGGCGAGAGACGGAGAAGAGAGACCACGUCUGAGUCGGACCAGCUCCAGUUGGUUUCCUUAGGGCCUCUGCUGCUGGGACAGAACAACACUGAAGUGGAAGAUACUCCGUGUGUGAAGCAGAACCCAAUGUUCCAUGUGCUGGUGUACAUCCUCCCUGGUGUCGGCGCGGCCCUGCUGCUGAUCCUGUUCUUCACUGUGUGGUCGGGCAUCACCACGUGGCAGAAGACCAACAUACAGAAACCUUCUCAAGCACCAGUUGACAGUGAACAGUGCCAGUAAAUCAUUUGACCUUCUCUAAUGUGCAUUCUAAUUUAUUUUGACCUCCAGGUUUGGAACCUCAGACACUGAUGUGAUAAAGUGUUUAAAUAAGAAAGUGCAAAUCAUUGGGUUUGAAUCAGAAUAACAGUUUAUUAACACAUUCCUUUUAUAAUAAAGGUUUUA